CUCAUUUUAGGUUUGACAACGUCAAAAUCUUUUUCUUUGAAUCAUAUAUAUAUAAAGGUUAUCUUUGAAGAAAUAACAAUAAGUGAGAAUCAAUAUGGAAUUUCUGUCUACUAAUAUGGAUAUAGAAGUGCUGAGUUUGUGAUGUACCUUACAAUAUAUAUAUAUACAACUAUAACGCAUCAACAAAGAGGAAAUGCAACAUGAAUAAUUUGUUAUUACCGUCGGUAUUAACUUAUAUCUUGAUUAUGAUUUGCGAGUUGGUAGAAGUAGGAUCUGCUCCAUCGAAUUACUGGACGAAUAUUGAUGGAUGCCUAUCUGGAUACAAUGACGUAAUUUACGACAACAUUAAUUCCCUAGAAGAAUGCAAACAGCUAUGUAUGGAGGAAACCUCUAUCGUAUGCUGGUCAGUGGAGUAUGGACCGGAAGGGGGCUCUCAUUCAAAAAAGUGUCAGCUCUCCAUUGAGUAUUCCGCGACUGUCACAGUUACAAAACCAUGUGGUAGUUAUGUAUUAUACUCAGAAAGGAUAACACUAGUUAGACGGAAGGAAGCGAGUGCUUACCUGCGCCGUGAAGGACAAAAGCUUGGAAACCACAUUUUGGAUAUAAGAUCGUGUAGCUCACGUCUCAAAUGUACAAAAUUUUGCAGCACUUACUUCGACUGUGCUGCUUACAACUUCAACCAAAACAAUGUCGUCGACAAUUGUGAAUUAUUAACUCAAAAGAUGGACGUCUCGGCCCAAAGCGACAUGGUUGAGGAUGAAAAGUGGAACUAUUAUGAGAUAACGAACCGUAUAUGGCAAUAGGAAGCACUACACACAGUCAAAAAUUGUUGCUUACCUCAUAUUUUUGUAUUUCCAUUGUCUUAAUGACGAACUCAAUUGUUAAACGUUAUCCGUUUUUAGUAUUUAGUUUAUUUGUUGUCUUAUUCAUGAACCCUGUCUUUAAAUAAUGCAAAACGGUUCCAAUGUUUUCAACGUAUUUAUUAAACUAAAAACGCUGGGUUUUUACAUGAACAUGAAAACUUUUAUAAACUGUUAUGAUACUUGCAGACAAGAACCAU